CAGGCACACGGCUGAAGCGAACCGAAGACCAGUGCUGAAAGAAGGUUAAGAAGCGCUGGGGCUCCAGUCGCAAAAGAUUUGGCAGACCCUUACCCCACCCUUCUUUCGCUUGUCUCGAAGCCCAGGAUCGAUUUUCUCACUUUCAGGUCAAAAGCACCCAGCAGCCAGGAAUUAUCUCUCACAACGCCCUCUCAGAGCCAUAUCGCAAAGCAUACUCGCGUCCCGACUACUCCUUCAUACCCACCAGCGUCAAAAGAAAAUUCCGUCUAGUAACUCGCAAUCAUGGCGGUCCGCGCGCAGUUUGAGAACUCCAACGAAGUUGGUGUGUUCGCUACAUUAACAAAUUCUUACGCCCUCGUCGCUGUCGGCGCGAGCGAGAACUUCUACAGCGUCUUCGAGUCGGAGCUUCAAGAUGUCAUUCCAAUUUGCAGAACCACAAUCGCUGGCACGCGGAUUAUUGGUCGGUUAACAGCAGGAAACCGGAAAGGACUUCUCGUACCGACGACGACAACGGACCAGGAACUGCAACAUCUGCGUAAUAGCUUGCCCGACUCGAUCCGGAUUCAGCGGAUCGAGGAGCGGCUAUCGGCGCUCGGAAACGUGAUUGUGACCAACGACCACAUCGCACUAAUCCACCCGGAUCUGGAGCGCGAGACGGAAGAGAUUAUUGCCGACGUGCUCGGGGUCGAGGUGUUCCGGCAGACGAUCGCCGACAACGUGCUGGUGGGCAGCUACAUGGCGCUGAGCAACCAGGGCGGUCUGGUGCACCCCAAGACGAGCAUCCAGGACCAGGACGAGCUGAGCAGCUUGCUGCAGGUGCCCCUCGUGGCCGGCAGCAUCAACCGCGGCAGCAACGUCAUUGGCGGUGGCAUGGUGGUCAACGACUGGAUGGCCGUCACGGGGCUCGACACGACGGCCCCCGAGCUCAGUGUUAUCGAGAGCGUCUUCCGGCUAGGCGAGGGCGCCGCGCCGGGCGUCAUCAACACUAGUAUGAAGGACACGAUGGUGGAGUCAUUCUACUAAGUUCCCAACCUGGGCGAAAGACGAAGUGGGGGGUUGGUCUAAAGAAGAGGUUGGCUUUGAGUGGUGCAUUCUCCGCUCUACAUAAGGAGCCUACGGUACAUAUCCUAUUGUCCGGUAGACAUGGGAUCAUGAUGAUGAUGAUGAUGGCAGAUAGUCUGGCAUAUAUCAGAGGCCGAAGUCGCCUAGCUCAGAAGCAGUGGCACAGCUAGUUGCUGUUGUUGCUACUGCUCGAGCGAAUCACCCCCUAAUAAGCAUCCACCUGUGAUUGCUUGCAUAGUUUUACUUUGCUGUAUCUUCAACGAUUCAGAACCUUAGACACUGAGUGCGAGAGAAACCUAACGUGAGAUUUAUCUCUGGACUUGGCUUCUCGCCACGGCUGCAGUUCUAUCUACGGCUUCACCUAGCAGAGCAUAGAAAUAGGGGUCAACUGUAUGGAAUACGUAAAUAAAAUUGAACCAGAAUUGAAC